AUGGUGGUUGUGCUUAUGAUGGUGACAAGUACGAUGGUGGUGAUACUCAUGAUGGUGAUAAGUACGAUGGUGGUUGUGCUUAUGAUGGUGACAAGUACGAUGGUGGUGAUACUCAUGAUGGUGACAAGUACGAUGGUGGUUGUGCUUAUGAUGUACGAAGGUGGUUGUGCUUAUGAUGGUGACAAGUACGAUGGUGGUGAUACUCAUGAUGGUUAUAAGUACGAUGGUGGUUGUGCUUAUGAUGGUGACAAGUACGAUGGUGGUGAUACUCAUGAUGGGGAUAAGUACGAUGGUGGUUGUGCUUAUGAUGGUGACAAGUACGAUGGUGGUGAUACUCAUGGUGGUUAUAAGUACGAUGGUGGUUGUGCUUAUGAUGGUGACAAGUACGAUGGUGGUGAUACUCAUGAUGGUGAUAAGUACGAUGGUGGUUGUGCUUAUGAUGGUGGUAAGUACGAUGGUGGUGGUGGUUAUGAUGGUGAUAAGUAUGACGGUGUUUGUACUGAUGAUGGUGAUAAGUACGAUGGUGGUGGCACCAUCGUGGUGAUGCUUGUGAUAAGUACGAUGCUGGUUGGCUCAUGA